UGUGCUUGGGAGUGGAGGAGGGGGGCAUUUGUUUUCAGGAGACCAGAGAACUGUCCUUCUUCUCUGUGUUUGGGCCACAAAGCUUUGUGGGGGUGCGGGGCGGAGGUAGCAUUUUGAGUCUUUGUCCUGAAAACAGUCAUAAGCAAGUCCCUUCACCUCUUAGGGUGUUAUUUUCUCCGUGGGUGAUGCGGGGCUAGAGCUUCUCUAGGGGCUAGAUGUGAGAACAAAACACCGAGGUGCCUGGAGCGGAAGUGUCUACCACGUGGGUGCUGUUCCUGUGUCAUCCAGUCUUUAUCUGGGGAAGCAGCGGUCCCUGGGGAGAAGCCCAGGCCAGGGGUUGGCAGACGGGGCUACUUGUCUAGAGUGUGUCCCUGUCCGCUGUGUGUGACUCUGCCAAGGCCAUGGCACUUGUUUCUUGAGGCCGACAGUUUCUUUUGCUCCACUCCGGGUCAUGAGACUCCCACGGGAGAGGUGCCUGACUCGUGAUGGAAGCAGUCCGCUGGGGCUCUUGGGGAGAUGGGGUUGUGGUUUCCUUGUUAGGCUUGAGAGAUGUGUUUGUGGUCUCCUAAGCUGCAGAGGCAACUUCAUGUGCUCUGGAACUGUGAGCAUCAGGCCUACAUGGUUGUCUGUCCUGGCUUGACUAAACUUGGCCUUGAGCAUCUGCUCCAACUGUCUCCACACUCCCUGCUGGGCCAGGAAGGGUGUGGCGCAAACAAGUGUAGCUUUCUACCACUUGGCUUAGUUGGAGCCGGGCAAGGGGCAGAGCCAUCGGAAAGUACUCACUCACGGCUGUAACUGUACGUGCUUCCCUUUCCUAGAGCUGAAAUCUGAACCCAGUAAAGCAGUUCUUGGCAGCGUUGAAGGCGUCAGAGCAUCCUCAUGGAAAUAAAGAAGUCUUCUCCUGCCGGGGGAUCCAGCUGGCUGUGGACUGGUUCAGGCAAAGAGGACACACGUCCAUCAAGGUUUUUGUCCCAUCCUGGAGGAAGGAGCCAUCAAGAUCUGACGCCCCCAUCCGAGCACGUGCUGGAGCAGCUGGAGCGGCAGGCUGUGCUGGUGUACACCCCGUCACGCAAGGUGCACGGCAAGCGAGUGGUCUGCUACGACGACCGCUACAUCGUGAAGGUGGCCUACGAGCAGGACGGCGUCAUCGUGUCCAACGACAACUACCGCGACCUGCAGAGCGAGAACCCGGAGUGGAAGUGGUUCAUCGAGCAGCGCCUGCUCAUGUUCUCCUUUGUCAAUGACCGGUUCAUGCCUCCUGAUGACCCCCUGGGCCGCCAUGGGCCUACCCUGAGCAACUUCCUGAGCAGGAAGCCCAGGCCUCCUGAACCUUCCUGGCAGCACUGCCCCUAUGGCAAGAAAUGCACCUACGGCGUCAAGUGCAAGUUCUACCAUCCAGAGAGGCCGCACCACGCGCAGCUCGCGGUGGCCGACGAGCUCCGCUCCAAGACGCGCGCCUGGCCUGGGGGAGCCCCGGGUGGCCGCGCAGCGACCCGGCCGCCUCCGCGCGAACCAGGCACGCCCAGCCUCCAGCCUGUGCGGCCGCCCGCCGACCUGGCUGCUCUCCAAGGGAGCUUCUCCCGCCUGACCUUCAGCGACGGCCCGGGGCCCCUUGGGACGCGACCCCCGGGUGCCGCGCCCCGGCUGCGCCGGUCCGACUGGGUACCCCAGGGCGGCCGGGUGCCCGGGCCUUCGCCAUGCCCACAGGCCGGUAGCGCUGCUGCCGCCUCGCAGCCGCCCUGCCUCGCGGGUCCAGGGCCAGCCCUGCCCGGCCUUCUGAGCCCACAGAGCGCGUUCGCAGCGGGGGAACUCCCGCCUCCUCCCGGGCCGCUCCUCCAGCCGCCGGGCGGCCACUGCGCCCGGGACCUGCCCGGUGACCCGUGGGCCCGCCUACCCAGCUCUGACCGCUUCCCCAGCCGCUCGGCCUGGACUGAGCCAGCCUGGGGUCACCGCACCUGUGACUGCGCGGAGCACGCGCGCGCCCGGGCGCGCUCCGCGCUCUGCUCGCUCCUGCCGCCGGAGCAGGUGGACAGCGCCCUGGCCGCGUUCCCCGCGCUCUCCGACCUCGCCGGCCUACUGCUCCUCCUGCAGAGAUCCUCGAGGGAGGGCGCGCAGCCGGGAACCCCCUAAGGGACCAGUGCAGCCCCGGCAAGGAACGGCCCGGGUCUUGCCUCACCCUUGGUUGCCUGCCUGGCUCUGGGUCAGCUGCAGCAGGGGAUCCACCUCCGUGUUGGCGGCCGGUGUCCCGCCGCUCGGCGGCCUCUCUGGGACUGCGGCCAGCUGCGUGGAGGGAAUUUCAGGCACACUGCAAGUAGCAAGUCCCAGUAGGCCUUAGAGGGUAUCCGCAACUGCAGGGGCACACCCAGGAGGGCCACAGAACCCCCACCACAAACACAGGGAUCGGGCCAAGACUCCUGUUGUUUAAGCCUGUGUGUGAGCCCACAUCUAUCACCAUAUACGCGGAGUGAUUAGAAGCUUGCAAAAGGCUGAGAACUUUCUUCAUCAACGUUUGAAAUGUAGGGGGCGGGGGACUGGGGCUUGGCGUCUCGCUUGCCCUGUGGGCUCUGCUUGUAGCCUUGGCAUUGUCACUUGUGCCAGUAGUAAGCAAAGGCAGGACACUUUGUCUCCACAGCCUACCUCCCUUGUGGCACACACAAACCAAGCAGCGCAAAUAGCCUCUCCCC